UGUUUAAUUUGUGUUGUUCGCCCGUGUUGUUGGAUGGUGGUUGGUGUUGUAUUUUUGUCUUUUGGAUACAGAGUUUAAGAAGGUCGCCCGCCAGUGGAGACUUUCGUACAGUGAUCAGUAGUCAAGUGAACAGUGAACAGUGAACAGUUUUGUGAUCAGUGAUUAGUGAUUAGUGAAUCACUACAGUGACCAACAUGGUGGAGAAACAAGAGGAAGAGCAUCACCACAUUCUGUCCGCCAUCUUGAGGCCAAUUAGAUCCGAGAGCCGGGGCCCCAUCACUUUUGAAGACCGUUCCAGUAUUUUCUACACUCUGAAAAUGCGGAAAAUAUCUCCCGGCCUUAUGCCUCCUGGAUCGCCAGGGAUAUUUAGGCGGAAGUCGUCAACAGAAAUUUCCCCCCAUGCCACAAUCAUCGCGAGAUCGAGCGCAGGUGCAGACGACUCUUCAGAAAACAAGAUGGCGGCCACCGCAUCGGCCACUACACUUCAGACUUGGCCAAAUCAAAAAGAUGACUAUGAAUUAAAAGAAGUGAUCGGUGUUGGUGCAACUGCUGUAGUGCACGGUGCUUUUUGCAAGCCUAGACAAGAGAAAUGUGCCAUCAAAAGGAUAAAUCUCGAAAAAUGGAAUACGAGUAUGGAUGAAUUGCUGAAAGAGAUCCAAGCAAUGUCGUCAUGUAACCACGAAAACGUGGUGACGUACUACACCUCGUUUGUGGUGCGGGAAGAGUUGUGGUUGGUGUUACGGUUACUGGAGGGAGGCUCACUGUUGGACAUCAUCAAACACAAGAUGAGAGCAUCGAACUGCAAACACGGCGUGUUCGACGAGUCCACCAUCGCGACUGUGCUGCGCGAAGUGCUUAAAGGACUCGAGUACUUCCACAGUAACGGACAAAUACACAGGGACAUCAAGGCAGGUAACAUUCUACUGGGAGAGGACGGCACAGUGCAGAUCGCAGACUUUGGUGUGAGUGCUUGGCUGGCCACCGGCCGCGACCUCUCUAGGCAGAAAGUGAGGCACACGUUCGUAGGAACUCCUUGCUGGAUGGCUCCGGAAGUCAUGGAGCAGGAUCACGGGUAUGAUUUUAAAGCCGACAUCUGGUCUUUUGGCAUCACCGCCAUAGAGAUGGCUACAGGUACGGCACCCUACCACAAGUACCCUCCCAUGAAGGUACUGAUGCUGACAUUGCAGAACGACCCUCCUACACUGGACACUGGGGCGGAGGAGAGGGAUCAGUACAAGGCGUAUGGCAAGACCUUCCGCAAGAUGGUCAUAGACUGUCUGCAGAAGGACCCCACCAAGAGGCCGACUGCCACCGAACUACUGAAACAUCCGUUCUUCAAAAAGGCAAAGGAUCGCAAGUACCUACAACAGACUUUGGUGGCAAUUGGACCAAGCCUUGAAACCAGAGUGCAGAAGAAGCAGGCAGCAGUGACGCGUGAAAUGAUGAUAGAGUACAUGUAUUACAUGCAGCAGAUGCAAUACUUGGGCCUCUAUAGACACAAGCAGGGAGGGCAAAAAUCUCUUGCUAGGAUCCCCAGUUUUAAACCCCCAUCUCAUUUGAGAGCUCGUCCCAAGGCCACCAAGAGACAGCCAGGAGCCUCGGGAAGACUCCACCGCACAGUGACUGGAGAGUGGGUGUGGAGCUCUGAGGAGGAGGGCGACCGUUCAUCUGACGAGGAGGGAGCUGAGAAGCCGAUGAACAACAUAGAAGGAGGAAAUUCCAGCGGAAGUGAGCAUGAGACUGAGAACGAAGCUUUGAGCACUACGAUGCCCAUCAACCUGGUCCUCCGGAUGAGGAACUCGCGACGAGAAUUAAACGACAUCAGGUUCGAGUUCUUGAUGGGAAAAGAUAGUGCAGAAGGCAUUGCAACGGAGCUCGUGGGCGCAGGGUUGGUUGACGGGAGAGACAUGGUCGUCAUUGCUGCCAACCUACAGAAGCUGAUUGACAGCAACGGCCAGCAACGACAAGUUACGUUUCCCUUGAACUCAGGGAUUGCAGCCAAUGAAGUUCCUGAUGACAAGGCGUUGAUCGGCUUUGCACAAAUCUCAUUGACGGACUAGCGUUCGCCCUCGCCUCGGCGCGAGAAGAGAGACACUUCACCUCGCCGAUAACGGGUAGAUAUCGGACAAUCAGGUCGGUAGCGGGUCGUGAGUCGCUUCUAGCCCCGUCAAUUACUCCCAGUGACAGACAAUUGCUUCAACAAAGUAAACAGCCCUCAGAUUAUUCCGUUAGGCAUAUUUCAAAGGUUUGGUCUUUUAAAUCAUUCUGUAUUUAUAUUUCUUAACCUUGAGUUUGUACAGAUAAUUUUAACCAUUUGUUAGCAAAGAUUAAAUUUUAUCUAAGUGUUAUUAUUCUUCAAACUCUUUGUUUAAAGGUAAUGUAAAUCAGUGAAAGUGUCUUUCUAUAUUUGUGAAAUAGUUUAAAAAGCCUUGUAAACAUAGGUAAUAUAUCCUGUAUACUGUAGUAUUUAUUUGAUGAUGUUUAUUUUAAUAAUAUUUAGAACUUGGAAAAUUAAUAAUAUUUUCAUUCUUUUUCAACGUAAUUGGUUAUUAGUCAUGUAUGGGUAAAAGAGUUUUUGUUACUUCAUUUGUUUGUCAAAAAAUUCUACCAAAAACCUUAAUGAACAUCGAGAAUAUUUUCCAAUGUACUUCAAUUACAUCAAAAGAUAAAUUUUUUGUAUCUGUACUUGCAAAUGUAUGCAUGUAUAUUGUCUGUAACAAUAGAAAAUUCAAGGUGGAAUAUCUUUUAUAAGAGCGACUCCAAAACAAGUAUUAAGAGCCUCACAAACGUCUGUAGUCAAGUCAUGAAGCAUCGAAGACAAUAAUAUUUAAAGCAAAAAUAGAAGUGUGUACAAUACAGUUUAUUUAUUGUUAUAUUGUUAUUGUUUAAAUCUUGUGGUGCUUUUAGUUAAGUGAUUUGAAUUUAGUUGGUUUGUGCCAGAAAUGCAUACAUACCACAGUUUGUAGACUAAGUGUUAUUUUGUUUUUGUUGUAUUUUUUUUCUAUUCGGUUGUUUGUUUUCAUCAGUUUGUAGUAGCUUGCUCGGACGGGAAGGGACCUGCCUAGUGGACAGACUCUAUAGCUUAGCCACAAAACAUUGUUGUUUAGAAUCCUUGCAAAUAUUCUAAAUGGCCAUCGAUGAUCUGAACUCUAUCUGGGUUCAGAUUUAGCUUUCCUGCCUGUUGACUGGUUAAUAUAUAAUAUUAGAAGCUAAGGUAUCAUGUGAUUUAGAUCAUAGAAAUAUAAUCUUCUCUUUACGUAUCAAGUAGAGUAAAAAUAAAACUUAUUAAAGCUUUUGAGCCAGAUAUUGCAAACUAAUUUCUAAUGAAAAUUAAAAAAAUGAUUUUGCAACAUUUUUGCAUUGAAUUUGUAAAUUAUAUUUAUUUAUUACAUGUAAUUGUUUUGCAUUUUCAGUCUUUAAAAUAUCAUUGCCAAUCAGCAUAGGAGUAUGAUUUUCAAUUUACCAGAUAUUUUUAAUUUACAAUUCAAAUUUUUGAUUACAUUUUUGUGUCAGUCUUCUUUAUUUGCCAUCUGCUUGAUUAUAAUCAUGAAUAUUGCCAAUUUCAAUACAAAAUGUAUUGAGUUUUUACACAUUACAAGAAUUUAUUAGCAGCCUCCUCUAUUACUAGGCCGCGGCAUUGGUGUGUGGCAACGUUGCAACGGCAUCCCUAUUGCCAUGGUAAUAGCAGAAAUAUCAAAAGUGUAAAAAUUGCCUACAUGAUCCAUUAUACAUUACAGCAACAGUGGUUUUGGUUUGACGGGACAUCGGUGUAGCCACUUUUGCCUCACCGUAGCCUUGUAUUAGAAGAGGUAGAAGAGAUAUGUCUCUUUAUUUUAAUCUUUUGUUCAGAAGAUUUUGUAUCCUAUUUUGUAAUUUUAACUAAUAAUAAUCCGUCAUUCAACCUCAGUUUCAUUACCUAACUGGGAUUGUUGUAUUAUAAUCUGAUAACAACAAUGUUUCCAUUGGAAUCUGAUUGGUUUCAUAACAUUUUCUACUGAAUGUUAACUGGAUGCAGUCAAUUCUAUGUAGCGUAUUAUUGUAUAUAAGCCCUUAUGUACAUUUAAAAUCAAAAUCCACAUUCCACGCAGUGGUUUCCCCUCCGUUCCCAAUAGUUAGUUUCAUCUCAUAUCCCCGUAUUCACUAUGUAUUCGUAUACAAAACUAGAAAUUAAUUAUUUACUUUGUUAAUUGCCAAUGUACUUAAAAAUUAAAUUUGUUUGAAAACG